GCAGCCGUUACGCGCCCCUCGCUCCCUCCAGACGCAGCAGAAGCAGCAUCAGCAUCAGCAGCAGCAGCAGCACCAGGCUCCAGCACUCUUCCCCAAUCCAAGAUCGCCAUGGAUGAUGAUAUUGCUGCGCUCGUCGUUGACAAUGGCUCCGGAAUGUGCAAAGCUGGUUUUGCCGGGGAUGACGCUCCUCGUGCUGUAUUCCCUUCUAUUGUGGGUCGCCCCAGACACCAGGGUGUGAUGGUUGGUAUGGGCCAGAAAGACAGCUACGUUGGUGAUGAGGCACAGAGCAAAAGAGGCAUCCUGACCUUGAAGUAUCCUAUUGAACACGGUAUUGUCACCAACUGGGAUGAUAUGGAAAAGAUCUGGCAUCACACCUUCUACAAUGAGCUGAGAGUUGCCCCUGAAGAACACCCUGUGCUGCUGACAGAGGCUCCCUUGAAUCCCAAAGCCAACAGAGAAAAGAUGACACAGAUCAUGUUUGAGACUUUCAACACUCCUGCCAUGUACGUUGCCAUCCAGGCUGUGCUGUCCCUGUACGCCUCUGGCCGUACCACCGGUAUAGUGAUGGACUCUGGUGAUGGUGUCACCCACACUGUGCCCAUCUAUGAAGGUUACGCCCUGCCCCACGCCAUCCUCCGUCUGGAUUUGGCUGGCCGUGACUUGACCGACUACCUCAUGAAGAUCUUGACCGAGAGAGGCUACAGCUUCACCACCACAGCUGAGAGAGAAAUUGUACGUGACAUCAAAGAGAAGCUGUGCUACGUUGCGUUGGACUUCGAGCAGGAGAUGGCCACAGCUGCGUCCAGUUCCUCCCUGGAAAAGAGCUAUGAACUCCCUGACGGUCAGGUGAUCACCAUCGGCAACGAGAGGUUCAGGUGCCCAGAAGCCCUCUUCCAGCCAUCCUUUUUGGGUAUGGAAUCCUGUGGCAUCCACGAAACCACCUUCAACUCCAUCAUGAAGUGUGACGUGGAUAUCCGUAAAGAUCUGUAUGCCAACACUGUCCUGUCUGGUGGUACCACCAUGUACCCAGGCAUUGCUGACAGAAUGCAGAAGGAGAUCACAGCCCUGGCACCCAGCACAAUGAAAAUCAAGAUCAUUGCCCCACCUGAGCGUAAAUACUCUGUCUGGAUUGGAGGCUCCAUCCUUGCCUCCCUGUCUACCUUCCAGCAGAUGUGGAUCAGCAAGCAGGAAUACGAUGAAUCUGGACCUUCCAUCGUCCACCGCAAAUGCUUCUAAAACAGGACUAGUUACCACAAUAACAUUUCUCUUUUUUGACAAAAACCCCAUAACUGCGCGUUAAACAAGAGUUGAGAUUGGCAUGGCUUUAUUUGUGUUUUUUUGGCGCUUGACUCAGGAUAUAAAAACUGGAACGGUGAAAAGUUGACAGCAGCAGUCUUUAAAAAAAGUGUUGGAGCGAAACGUCCCCCAAAGUUCUACAAUGCAUCUGAGGACUUUGAUUGUACAUUUGUGUUCUUUUUUUAAAUAGUCAUUCCAAAUAUUGUAUUGAGAGGAAGUUAAACCAGCCUCUGUGAAGGCAACAGCCCAGGUCUAGAAGCAGAAAUACUUUUCCGGUCCUCAUGGAAAGUAUUGCUUGUAUGUAAAUCAUUUAAUCCAACAAGUGUCUUUCUGUAUCUUGCGCCUUAAAACAAACAAAAAACCCCACAUGGUCCUCUUCUGAUUCCCCCUUUCCCUUUUUUAGGUCAAGCAAAAUAAUAAUAAUGGGCUGUAUAUGUUUCUCUUCUUCCCAAUCCAGAUGUGAAGGCUUACAGUCUACCCCCUCCCUCUUCCAAGGGGGAAUCCUUACAGAGAUUUGGUGCCAGUAUGUAAACGGGAUACAGUGGGGGCAAAACUGUACACUGACUUAAAGGAACAGUUCAAAUAAAGAUGCACACCAUAGA